AAACUCCAGCGCGUCAUAGAAAGCUUAUGAACAGAAAACUAUGUUGGAAAGAAUAUCGCAAAUUAUAAAUCUUCAUUAGAAUUCCAGAUUCAGUGUAACAUUCAGACUACGUUCUCUUCAGAUUUACCAGCCAACAAAAGAAUAGACUUCUACCCAAGGAUUUUUUAUUUUUUAUUUUUUAAAUAAAAAGAAUAGACAAUAUUACUACAAGAGAGCUCAUAUAAGGAUUAUACAAUGAUUGAUUAAUGUUUUGAGAGAUCUCUUUACACAUUUAAUUAUUUUUACAACCAAAUUAAGCGCUAGAAAAUUAGAAGGAAAAUCCAAGAGUAAAGGAGUCGGUCUGUCUAGCAUACUGUGGUGCUACCUCGUCUUCAGGUAAGUAGUUCCCGGACAGAAUAGUUCUCAAAAUAACGUCAAUACCGUCCAGACUCCACUGCAUUGCCUGUGAAUCUUUCUCUCAUUACGUGUCUCCGACGGAUUGUAUUGAACCGCCUCCUUCAUGCAUGAUCGGGAACGAGCCCUUGCAAGGUUUCGACAUCCUCCGGUUCGUCUUGGCGUGGAUUCUGCUAAAAGAAUUUUCUUAGUGGAUUUGUUACAGUUGUUUCGGAUUCGGAGAAGCUUCUCCACUGCGGUGUAUUCUUAAAAAACAAUUGAGAAAGAAGGAUUUUAUUUUCUUAGUGGAUUUGCUUCUUUCCCAGGCCCUUCGGGCGUGGCCCUUCUCUGCAUAAAGCAAUAAACUCGACAAAGUACGGCAUGGGUGCUCCGCAGAAAGGAUUGUCGAAUGCCACAGAGAAAGAUCCUUCAAUCACUCCUUCAAGAUUAGUUUCGAUUUCAAACGUUGCUGUCUUAUUCUUCGCCGCAUUCUUCUACCUGAUCUUCUUCCACUACGAAAUUGAGGAAGAGAUAAAGAGAUCUAUCCUCAUAAACACAGCUCUGAGCUUCGUGGGUUUUAUCAUAACGCUCCUUUUGAUUCCCGUGGGCUCCCGGUACGUGCUGAAGCGUAAUCUGUUUGGGUAUGACAUCAACAAGAAGGGCACCCCUCAAGGUUCAGUCAAAGUGCCUGAAACAUUGGGUAUUGUUGUUGGGAUUGUUUACCUGGUCUUGGCUAUAUUAUUCCAGUAUUUUAACUUCACAUCGGACUCCAAUUGGCUUGUUGAGUACAAUGCAGCAUUAGCAUCUAUUUGCUUCAUGAUUCUUCUUGGAUUUGUUGAUGAUGUCCUUGACAUCCCUUGGAGAAUGAAAUUGCUUUUGCCAUCAUUUGCUGCACUUCCCCUGUUGAUGGCAUAUGCUGGACAUACAACAAUCAUUAUUCCAAAGCCACUUGUUCCAUAUGUUGGGCUAGAAAUUUUGGAUCUGGGGUGGGUGUAUAAACUGUAUAUGGGCCUUUUGGCAGUAUUUUGCACCAACUCCAUCAAUAUCCAUGCUGGCAUAAAUGGCCUUGAAGCUGGGCAGACAGCUGUAAUUGCAUCUGCUAUCUUAAUUCAUAAUGUAAUGCAAAUUGGAGCGUCUUCAGACCCGGAGUACAAGCAAGCUCAUGCAUUCUCUAUUUACCUUGUGCAACCCUUGCUGACCACUACUCUUGCUUUACUUUGUUAUAACUGGUAUCCUUCUUCAGUUUUUGUUGGCGACACCUACACUUACUUUGCUGGAAUGGCUAUGGCUGUAGUUGGCAUACUAGGUCACUUCAGUGAAACACUUUUGAUCUUCUUCCUGCCUCAAGUUUUUAAUUUCCUUCUGUCACUCCCUCAGCUUUCUGGCUAUUGCAAAUGUCCUCGACACCGUCUGCCAAGAUUUGAUCCUCAGACAGGACUAUUAACUGGGACAGAUGAUGGGACACUUGUGAAUUUCUCUUUAAGAUGUUUUGGCCGGAUGUCUGAGACUUCUCUUUGCCUUCUGCUUCUUGUUUUACAGGCUCUUGCGUGUGGCUUUUGUUUCUUCCUGAGGUACUGCCUUGCUGGUUGGUAUAAAUAAAGUUGUGGAGAACCUGAAAAGAGUGCGGUCCAUCUUAUUGACUUGUGAAAACUUCUCUGACCUUGUUUCUCUCCUAUUUUGCCAUUACUUCUGUAUCUGAGUUAUGCAAAGAUAGCACAUUCUCUAACUGUAAUGAACACAACUGCUUUAAGUCACAGUUUUGAGAUUGUGCAACUGUGGUGGUAGGGUAGGAUGAGAAUGAGUUAACAAUUUUUAUAUUUAUUAGAAAAAUUCCACUGCUAGCUGAAAUAUGUAUCAUGGCAUUAUAUUUUCUGGAAUAAUUUAAAGUACCAUUCCAUUGCAAACA